AUGUAUUGCUCUCCCUUGAACAAGUCCAAUUCUAUUGUGGGCAACAACCUUCCAACUAAACAUGGUCCUUUAGAUGAAGUUGGUGAGGAAAGACGCUUCACUUGUGAUGUAUGCAAUAAAACCUGCAAAUAUAAAUGCUCUUUGGACGCUCACAAACUCAGACAUAGUGACAAAAAACCAUUCGAAUGUGAAGCUUGUGGAAAUCAAUUUUAUACCAAAUUUGAACUGAAUUCUCACAAACGGGUCCACGGUGAUGAAAGACCGUACAAAUGCAGAAAAUGUGAAACAGCCUUUAAAAAUCGAUCAAAUUUAACUAGACAUAUGCUUUCCCACAGUGAAGAAAGGCCCCACAAAUGUGAAGUAUGCAAAAAAGCUUUCAAACGCAAAGAUGAUUUGACUCGGCAUAUGCGUUCCCAUACGGGAAAAAAUCAUACACAUGUGCAUAAACCCGCUUUUAAGGUACAAGGAUUCUACCACACAAAGCUAACGUGGAAAAGUCACAUUGCUAAAAUAGCAGAACGCGUCUCCAAUAGACUGAAUGUACUGAAGCGUCUUGCUGGUGGCAUAUGGGGAUGUGCGCGCUCAACUCUCAACACCACCAACAAGAUGUUUAUUCAGCCAGUAAUGUUGUAUUGCUUUAAGCCACUCAUAACAUCCACAUAG